GCGAUUCAUACUAAUUGAUCAAAUCUAUAACGUUUGCUCUCAAUCGAUGAAGUUUUAAAUGGCCUUUAAGGUCAAGUUUAACGUACAUAGAGUUCGAUUUGUGGAGUAUGUACCUCAGGCAAUUCACUGCAUGGCAUUUGAAGACACUGAUAAGCCAUGUAGACUUGCUUUAUCAAGGGCAGAUAGCAGCAUAGAAAUAUGGAAUUUCAAAGACAAUUGGUACCAAGAAACGGUUAUUCCAGGAUGUAAAGAUACCUCAGUGGAAACACUUGAUUGGUGUAAAGGGAGACUGUUCACUGGAGGUCUGCAUGCAGAAAUCACUGAAUGGGAUCUCACCAGCCUGCUUCCAAAGAUAACAGUUGAUUCCUUUGGAGGAGCAGUGUGGUGUUUGUCUGUGAAUCAUGCAAAAACACAUAUGGCAGUUGGCUGUGAAGAUGGUCGAGUGAGACUGUUUGAAAUCACUGCUGAUGGUUUGAAUUACAGCAAAUCUCUGGAUCAACAAGAUGGCAGGGUGCUGUGUCUUAGUUGGCAUUUGAGUGAUAAUACCCUUGUUACAGGAGCUUCUGAUAGUACAGUAAGAUUGUACAAUGUAACAUCAGGUCACUGCACUUUGAGGAUAACAGUAGAUGAAUUUCAAUCCAGAAGCACUCUCAUAUGGGCCAUACAUAUGACAAGAAAUUUUGUGAUAAUUACAGGAGACUCUCUGGGAAAUACUCAAUUUUGGGAUGGCCAGAGAGGAACACUAAUUCAGAGUUUCAAAGCUCAUCUGGCUGAUGUACUCACUGUUUGUGUAAAUAAGGAGGAGAACAUGGUUUUUAGUGGAGGUAUUGACAGUAAGAUUGUUCAGUUUCAACAAAUUACAAACAAGGAUGGUGUUUUAAACUGGGUGAAAGCUGCUUCUCAGCGUAUGUUUUCACAGGACGUCCGUUGCCUUGUUACACUGGGUGGAAUUCAUGACCUGUUGGUGUCUGGAGGAUUGGACCCAAGCUUUUUACUUUAUUCCACCAAAGAGUUUGGCAGAUCAAGCUAUGGCAAAGUUGCACCGUUCCCACAUAGGCCUGUGGUUUACUUGGCAUCGGAAGCAAAUAUUCUGAUGUAUCAAACAGCAAGUACUCUACAGUUCUGGAGACUUCAAGAAUUGGAUACAGUAGGUCAAACAACCAUUGCACUUCAGAAGACUCCUGCACAGUUGCUAGAAAUAAGGAAGAAAGGUGAUCAUCAUAUUGUGUGCAGUGCUGUGUCCACGUGUGCCUCUUGGGCAGCAUUUUCUGAUGUUUACCAUAUCAGUUUGUUCAAGCUGAAUUUGAGUAAAGAAGGAAAAUCUCAAGUGACUGUGACAAAAGUUUUGCCGUUGCCUGUUCAUUUGUUACCAGCUCGUGGAUUAGUAUUUUCUCCUGAAAGUUCAAAGUUGAUAUCUGCAACAAGUGAAGGUUCAGUUCAGAUUUUGGACCUGAGUGAAGAACCCUGCCUAAGUAACACAUUAAGCAUUGCUCAGCAUGGCAGAGGUUUAGCAGCCGUUAAUCUUGUGGCUGUCAGCAAUGACUUGCUCUGGUUAGCAUGUGCUGAUUAUAACAAUACUUUAACAGUGUUCAACUUGACGAAAAUGAAGUUAAAAUGUACUUUACCCCACUUGGAAUCUCGUGUGACUUCAUUAGCGUUCCAACCCCAAACAAACUAUCUUUCUGUGGUCUGCUGCAAUAACCAGGUGUAUCUUUUCAAACCAUCCAGUGGAAAGUUAACCAAAUGGUCGAGACAAGCGCUAGAACAUGGGCUGCCUAGACAAUGGACUAGUCGACGAUCUCAAGUGAUAAACAUUCAAUUUAAUCCUUCAUGUCAUGAAGUUGUGCUGUUACAAGAUCACAAUAUGUUUACUCUUCUCGACCUUAGAGAGCCGUUACCGGAUAUAGGAGUCUGUUUAUACGAGACCAAGUUAGUGCAACAGAAAAGAAAGCAGUCAACAUUUAGAGAUGACGCUGAACAAGAUACGAAACAGGCCGCCUUCAAAGUCUGUAGGAAAUAUUCGCCGCUGCUCUUUGCAGGUUUCACAAAGGACAGUUCUUUAGUAGUUGUGGAAAGACCAUGGCAAGCCAUGGUGGAGAUGUUACCUCCCCCACUGUAUCGCAAGAAAUAUGGAACGUAAUCAAUGCUAAAUUGUCGUCACAUUGCUGUGGACUCAGUGCUCUUCCAAGUGCAAUACCAGGUCAAGUAUUAGCAGCACAUGGAGUCUCCAAGACAACGAGAAACCACAGUGCUUGAAACAACACCAAGAAAAUCAAAACAGAAGAGAAUUAUAUGAGACCCACAUAACACUUGACUACAUAAGAUUAUCGUGACUCUUAGAGACUAUUAAAUUAAGACUUGCAGGAAAUAUAUGAAAAUGAACGUGAGAAUAAAAGAGCAAAGGUACGAUGGCAAUGAACAGUCCUUAGUCGACCACAUAAUUUCAGUAAUCCACGAAAUACAACUGCUCUCUACCAAUAAAAAUCGUAAUUUGUCAUUA